GCGGGCGGUGCCGCGGCCCGCGGGCCCCAUGGCGGCGGUGCGGGGGUACAGAAGGGCGGCCGUGGCGGUGGCUGCGGCGCGGCCUGGCGGGGGCGGCCCGGGACGGGGACCGGGACCAGGACCGGGUCCUGCCGCGGAACCGGCCCCGCAGCCGGUCCCAGAACCGGCCGCCCCCGCCACAGCCGCGCUCUACGUGCACUGGCCCUACUGCCGCAAGCGCUGCUCCUACUGCAACUUCAAUGCCUACGUGGUGCCGGCGGUGGAUGAAGCGGCCGUGCGUGCCUGCCUGGUGCGGGAGGCACACACCCUGCUGCGCCUCAGCCAGGUGCACAGGUGGGUGCACAGAGGGGCUCAUGGCAGGGUACGGGGGCCUUCAGUGCCCACCUGCAACUCCCCACCUCUGCCCUACAGCAUCACCUCUGUGUUCUUCGGUGGCGGCACCCCCAGCCUGGCCAGCCCUCACACCAUCGCGGCGGUGCUGGAGGCCGUGGCGGGGGCUGCCCAUCUGCCCGGCAGUGCUGAGGUCACUCUGGAGGCCAACCCCAGCUCCAUGGACACAUCACGGCUCACCGGCUUCAGGGCAGCCGGCGUCAACCGCCUCUCCAUUGGCGUCCAGUCACUGGACGACGCCGAGCUGCGGCUGCUGGGCCGGGAGCACACGGCGGCGGAUGCGCGGAAGGCCGUGGAAGCAGCGCGGGGGCUCUUCCCCGGCCGCACCUCCAUCGACCUCAUGUUCGGGCUGCCGGGGCAGAGCCGGGACGCCUGGGCCCAGGGGCUGGAGGCGGCGCUGGGGCUCUGCGACCACCACAUCUCCCUGUACCAGCUGACGCUGGAGCGAGGCACGGCACUGGCGGCACAGGUCCGAGGGGGGACCCUGCCCUUGCCCCCCCAGGACCUGCUGGCCGACAUGUACCAGACAGCCCGCACUGUGCUGGUGGCUGCCGGCUUCCGCCACUACGAGGUCUCCAAUUUUGCACGCAAGGGUGCCCUCAGCAACCACAACCUCUCAUACUGGCAGGCUGACCAGUACAUCGGUGUGGGGCCAGGAGCUCACGGGCGCUUCAUGCCACGGGGUGAGGGCAGCUGCAGCCGGGAAGCCCGUGUCCAGACGCCGGAGCCUGUUGCCUGGAUGCAGGAAGUGCAGAGCCAGGGACAUGGCACCAGGAGUCGGGUGGUGCUGAGCCCGCUGGAGCAGCUGGAGGAGGUGCUCACCCUGGGACUACGCACAGAUGAGGGUGUCACACAUGAGCGCUGGGGGCACUUCUCCCCCCAGCUCAGCCUGCAGGCCGUGUUCGGGGUGCCGGGGGAGGCUCGGGUGCUGCAGGAGCAGGGCUGGCUGCUCCUGGAUGGCAGUGGCCUGCGGUGCACCUGGGCCGGCCUGGCCGUGCUGGACUCGCUGCUGCCCAACCUGCUGUGCCAGCUCCAGCGGCGCUGGGCACUGCCCAGUGCCCACCGAGGGGGAACCCGGCGGGGGACGGACACAGACGGACACGGUGGCCAGAAUGUGGGGUCUGUGAGUGGCCACAACGGAUAAUAAAACAUAAGAGCUGUG